AUGAAGAGAAAACUAUCAGGUUUGCAAAGAGACGUACUCGCACUAUACAAGCAGUGUAUCAAGACGUCAUACAGUAAGCCGAAAGAGACACAGCAACAUUGGAGAAACUAUAUCCGCGAGGAGUUCCACAAGUAUCGCAACCUACCCAAGCGACAAUUCAGCACCAUUGAGCACUUGUUGCGCACGGGUCUGCGGAGGUUGGAGAUGUUUCUGAAUCCCCAGAUUAAGGAUAUUCAUUGA